AUGAUGUGUAUUUAUCAUUCUUAAAGUCCAAUAUCUUUGAUUUGUGUAGCUCCUCAUAAAUGUUUAAGAAAACUUUGUGUGGAAUGCUUAUAUGAGCAUGGAGUAGAUGUUAAACUUACAAUUCCUAUUUGUAAAUUUAAAGAAUUAAUCACCAAGAAUUUAUAAGUGCAUGAGCUUAAUGGGAUAUAUGAAUUAAAGAAAUUAAGGGAAGGUUUUAAAAUCCUAAUUUCUCAAACUGAAACUAUUAUUAAGAAAUUUUGGGAAGAUAUAAAAGAAUUAAUUAAAUCAAUAUUCGAUAACAUUGAGAAAGAAAAUUAAUCAUUCAUCAAUCUUAUCAACUAAAAUGAAAAUCUUGCAGAAUCUUCAUAUACUGAUUUGAACAAUAUAGUGUAAAUUUUUGAAGGAAACAUUCUAGAUGAUUGGAAUAAAUAAAAAAAUUCUUAUUUGAUUAAUAUGAUGUAAAUUAAGAAUUGGAUAGAAUAGGGUGCAAACACAAUCAGUUAAAAUUUUAAAGAAAAGAUUAAGGAGGUAAUGAAAAUAUUUAAGUAAAAUAAUUGAUUUAUAAUUAUAAAAAGGAUUUAGAAAGAUGAAUCACUAGAAUGGUAGGAAAGUAUUACAGAAUAUGAAGGAAUUGUUUGGGAUUAAAAUUCGAUAGUUUCUAGAAAAAGAGUAAAAUUUCAAGUAAUCUAAACUAAAGAAAAAGAAAUAUAGUAUGUAAUGAAUGGACUGUUAUUGAGAAAGUAAAACUUAAGAUUUAUUAAAUUAAUAGAGAUUAAAUUUAAGACACUAUAAAUAAGCCUGAAAUAUUAAUUAAUUUAGAAUAAAUAUAACAUUUGAAUUGGAUUGGUGAUUAUGGAAAAUAAAAUUAAAAAAUUGGAAAAUGGACUGCAACUUGGAAAGGAUUAAAUUUAAGUGAUGUAGGAGGAUAUUAUUCUAAUGAAGGAAAGAAAUAAGGAAAAUGGAUUGAAAUAUUUUAGAAUUAUUGUGAGUUUGUUUAAGUUUAUGAAGUAGGAGAUUAUGUAGAUGGCUUUAAGAAAGGAACAUGGAAGUAUAUCUAUAAAGAUGAAAAGAUGUAUAAUGUUUAUAUUUAUCCUAAUUAAGUGGUGGUGGAGAAUAUAAUAAGUAAGGUAAAAAGAAUGGUAAAUGGUUUGAAUUAGGCAAUGAGUAUUAAAAAUAUUUUAGACUUACUUAUAUUGGUCGAUAUCAAAAUGGUAUAAAAGUAGGCAUUUGGGAAACCUGCUUGGCUGAAUAAGGCAUAUUAUAUGGUCAUAAUUAUAUAUCGAUGUAAUAUUAAUAAAUAAUUAAUUCUCCUUUUUAGAGGUGGUGGUUCAUAUGAUGUAAAUGGUAAUGGAAUUAAGAUUGGAAAAUGGAUUGAACUAUGUGAUUAAUUUGAAUAGAAUUUAAAAAUAACUUAUAUUGGUGAAUAUAAAAAUAGUAAAAAGUUUGGUAGAUGGGAUAUUAAAGCAAACGAUAAACUUAUGUAUUAUUAAAAAUAAGUUAUAAAAUUUUAGUGGAGGUGGAUAGUAUGAUGUAGAAGGAAAGGGAAUUAAGAUUGGAUAAUGGAUUGAGCUAAACGAUCAAUAUAAAUAGAAUUUAUAAAUAACAGAAAUUGGUGUAUAUAAUAAUGGUAAAAAGUUUGGUAGAUGGGAUAUCAAAGUUGAGAAUAAAUUUAUGUAUUAUUAAAAACAAGUUAAAAUAUUUUAGUGGAGGUGGAUAAUAUGAUAGUGAAGGAAUGAAAAUUGGAUAAUGGAUUGAGCUAAGAGAUGUUUUUGAAUGGGAUUCCUAAAUUACUUAUAAUGGUGAAUAUAAAAAUGAUAAAAAAAUUGGUAGAUGGAAUAUUUUGUAUAGGUAUAAUAGCAGAAAAUAGUUUGAAUAAAUGUAAAUAUUAAAAUUAUUUAUUUAAUUUUUUAGUGGUGGAGGUUCAUAUCAUGAAUAAGGGAAUGGGAUUAAAGUUGGUAUGUGGAUAGAGUUAAGUGAUUAAUUUGAUUUGAGAUCGUAAGUCAUUUACAAUGGUGAAUAUCAAAAUGGUAAAAAAAUUGGUAGAUGGGAUAUACUAUAAAGAGAUAGCAGUAGUUAUCCGUUUGAAUAGAUGUACUUAUUUAUUAAUUAUAUACUUUAAGUGGCGGUGGAUCAUAUGAUGAAGGUGGUGAUGAAAUUAAGAUUGGAUAAUGGAUUGAAUUAACUGAUAAUUUUGGGAAUCGUUUUUGGAAUAAGAGAAAAGUCACUUUUAAUGGUGAAUAUAAAUAAGGUAAAAAAAUUGGGAUUUGGGUGACUAUGGACAUAGAAAAUGAUUAGAAAUUGAAUGAAAUGAAAUAUGAUUUUUGA